CAUCGCCUCAUCUCAUUGUCUAAUUUUGAAAAUGGCACGCCUUAGUCUAGACCAGUGAUCACAAGAAGGUAUCUAAGUUGUAGCUAUAGUACGAAAUAAGUAAUUGUUAGUGACCCAAAGCUUUGAGGGCCUAACAACGAGACAGUUGAGCGAGCUAUCUCUAGCAUUGCAAUCGACAACUUUUGUAGGUGUGGCUAAAACUAGUGAUAAAUUCGACCAAUGGAAAAGCAGAAACUCGACGUGUCGGUAUUGUUUCUGUUCUUUGUUCUUUGCGUCUAGCACAUGUUUCAUUAGUAUCAAGGCAUCAAUAGGUUCUUCGAAACUGUUGGCCUGAAUCAGAUAGAAAAGUACAUCUCGAGUGUCCAGAUGAUUGGAGUAAAGCUUUGGUUUAUCGUGUACGUGCAACUACUCUCGGGUUUAGCCCUAGAUGAAGACUCUUUGUCAUCAUUCUUGGACUACUUCUGUUCAAAAAAUCCGUCAGCUAUUCCUGGUCUGUGCAGAAAUUAUACAUCCGUGAAAGAAUGUCCUGUUACCAGUUGGGGAGAGUGGCAGUUGGAAAGCUUUUCUCCCGUUCCUCCUUCUAAUGUCUCUUGUCCGUCAGCAGGCAGACUGCUCAGGUUUAUGCGCACCAAAAACGUUUCUCACUUGUCACCAACUUGCAAGAGCAAAGCAGGAGAGACCUCUGAAACAGAGGACAGAUGCCCACCAACUACACAAGCUAAAGUAUCAGCACUGAUGAAAGCUCUUGGCAACGACUUCGGCUCAGACCCAGUGACACCGCCACAUCAUCCUCUAGACCGGUACAUGUUACCUGGAGCUUGUGUUAGACCACCACAUAGAAUAAAACCUCGCCACCGUCGUUGUGGCGGAUGGUUGGUCACGUCCACGCCGCUAUCACAAAGGCGCAGUUGCAAGUACGGAGAUCCUCGAGAUCUUGCCAUCGUCAUUGACAGCUCCGGAAGUGUCGGAAGCCUUGCAUUCACUAGGGCUGUGGAUACACUUGCAGAUUUCAUCAGCCACAUGUGUCAUAAAUUCGAAUGUGAUGGACCUGAAACAAGGCUGGCCGUUGUUACCUACGGAUCAAUAGCUAAAACAGUAUUCAACUUCAGCUACUCUGGCGCCACUCACAAAAGCAAAACAAACAUCGUAAAUGACAUUAAAACAAAAACAAGUUACAUGCAUGGUUUCACGGGAUCCACAGCUACAGGACCGGCUCUAGUACAUUGCAGAGACAAAAUAUUUCAAGAAAGAAAAGGAAUGAGAAGUAAGAGUAAACGUCAAAUUUUGCUUCUGACAGAUGGUCAUUCAAACAAAGGAACAAAUCCAGGAGAUGUGGCCACGGAACUGCACAACAAAUUGAGAAUUGAUAUUUACGCUCUCGGAAUUGGAGACAGUGUCAAUAUUACUGAACUGAAAUCUAUAACAAAAGAGAGCUGAUCUAGAUAUUGAUGCGCAAUGCAAGCCCGCUUCAAAGAUUUACGACAAGAAGAAAUAGAACAAGAAGAUCCAACACCACUGCUGACUUGAAUAUGAAAAACGUGGUAGUAGAUAGACUGUAUGUUGAUUAAUUGGUUAGACUACGUAUAAGAUGACUUGGUGACUUGGUGGUUCACACAUGAUUGAUCUAUAGAUCAUCAGCAAUCAAUGCUCUAUAAGACAAGAUGCUAGAUCGACUACUCCUGUAUAAUCGCACGAGAGACUUUAGUCCUA